AUGACCUCCUCGAAAAUAAUAACCACCCUCGCCGCCCAUUCCGAUCCAGUAUCUACCCUAUCGGUAUCAUGGGACGAUAGUAUGAUCAUAAGUGGUUCCUGGGACGGAUUGAUGCGGAUAUUCGAUUUGGAAACUUCACAAUGUUUGAAAACGUUGACAUAUAAUGGAACUAGUCAUGGUACGGCUACGGCAAGUACUAGUGAUGUUAUCAGUUAUCCGAUAUCAAAUGUGGUGUUGAGUCCCAAUGGGAAAUAUAUUUUGAGUUCGAGUUUGGAUGGGUUUGUUAGAUUAUGGGAUUAUAUGGAUAAUCGUGUCAUCAAGACAUAUCAUGGGAUCCUGGGGAAGGAAGCGAUUAGUGAGAAAUAUAAUUGUGGGGCGAGGUUUAUUGUAGGGACAGAUAGGACGAUGAUUGUGAGUGGGAGUGAUAGGUCGGGGGUAUUGGUGUGGGAUGUCCAGAGUAAAGAAAUUGUGUAUGGGUAUAAUAAUGGAAAUGAUGCUGUUUUAGAGGUGGAUGUUAAUGAUGAGGUGUUGGUUAGUUGUAGUAGAGAUGGGAUUGUGAAUGUAUUUGAAUUGAAUCCGGCGUAUAAGAAGAGGAAAUUACUGGAAGAAGUGGAUAUGAAUACGGUUGAUAAUACUAGAGAUAAUACCCCUUUUUAG